AUGCACUCACCUCCUAGAGAACAGCCUGCCAUCAUGCUCUGGAAACUGGUUGAAAAUGUCAAGUAUGAAGAUAUCUACGAGAUGUUAGUCCACACCUAUUCCGCCAUGGACCGGCAUGAUGGAGUGCCCAGCCACAGUUCCAGGCUGUCCCAGCUGGGAUCCGUCUCGCAGGGACCCUACUCCAGCGCUCCUCCGCUCUCUCACACCCCAUCCUCGGAUUUCCAGCCGCCUUAUUUCCCACCCCCCUACCAGCCUCUUCCUUACCACCAAAGCCAGGACCCUUACUCCCAUGUCAAUGACCCCUACUCCCUAAACCCCCUGCAUCAGCCCCAGCAGCACCCCUGGGGACAGAGGCAGAGGCAAGAGGUGGGAUCAGAAACCGGGUCACUGCUGCCACAGCCUCGGGCCGCCCUGCCCCAGCUCUCGGGACUGGACCCCAGGCGGGACUACCACUCAGUACGGAGGCCAGAUGUCCUCCUGCACUCAGCUCACCAUGGCCUUGACUCCGGCAUGGGGGACAGCCUUUCUCUGCAUGGCAUCGGACACCCGGGCAUGGAGGAGGUCCAGUCAGUUGAAGAUGCCAAUAACAGCGGUAUGAACUUAUUGGACCAGUCUGUCAUUAAAAAAGUUCCGGUUCCUCCAAAAUCUGUUACUUCUUUGAUGAUGAAUAAAGAUGGCUUCCUGGGUGGAAUUUCAGUCAAUACCGGAGAGGUGUUUUGCUCUGUACCUGGCCGCUUGUCUUUGCUUAGCUCAACUUCAAAGUAUAAAGUAACUGUGGGAGAAGUUCAGAGACGCCUUUCCCCCCCAGAGUGUCUCAACGCAUCCCUCCUAGGAGGAGUACUUAGAAGAGCCAAAUCGAAAAACGGGGGGAGAUCUUUGCGAGAAAGGCUAGAAAAAAUCGGUUUGAAUUUACCAGCCGGCAGGCGUAAGGCCGCAAAUGUCACUUUACUCACCUCCCUGGUGGAAGGUGAGGCCGUUCAUUUAGCUCGGGAUUUUGGGUACAUCUGUGAAACGGAGUUCCCAGCCAAAGCUGUUUCUGAGUACCUGAACAGACAGCACACGGACCCCAGCGACCUCCACUCCAGGAAAAACAUGCUGCUUGCUACAAAGCAACUUUGUAAAGAAUUUACAGAUCUCUUGGCCCAGGACAGAACGCCCAUUGGGAACAGCCGACCCACCCCUAUUUUGGAACCGGGCAUUCAGAGCUGCUUGACUCACUUCAGCCUCAUCACCCACGGCUUUGGGGCCCCCGCUAUCUGCGCUGCCCUCACGGCCCUCCAAAACUACCUGACUGAAGCUCUCAAAGGCAUGGACAAGAUGUUCUUGAACAACAACACUGCUAACAGGCACACAUCUGGCGAAGGACCAGGUAGUAAAACUGGAGACAAGGAAGAGAAACACAGAAAAUGA